UGUAGUGUAGCUACUCAUGGCGUAUGGUUCGUCCACGUGGGAAGUAAUGUUUUUAUGUUGCCGGAAAAAACAUCGUUUUGUAGCAAAAUUUUGCAUAUCAUAGUACAAAAGUGAAAACAGGAGAUUGUUGAAGACAUAUCUAAGAAAGAGUCAAUUUGUUAAGAUUUGCAUUGCAAAUAAUAGCUUCUGUGACAUCUGUGCAAGGAGAGAAGAAACAACCAGCAGCGAGUGGGUGGCCGGAUUACAUGGCCGGUUACACCUCGCGGAUUUUCCUCAGUUUGACUAUCCCCUCAUUUUUUGGUUUUUUAAGUGUUCUUUGGUUUUUAAAAAGAAAACGUUCUAUCACUGAGAGAAGCAACAAAGCCAUUCAAGUAGAAGAUAACACUGUACCGAGUCAAGGAGAUCAGUAUCAGUUUUUGAAUCCCAUGAAACUAAAAAACGAAGAGGGAAUUCCCGAAGAAGAAAAUAUUAGCUGUUCUGAGAUGCAACUGAAAGAAGCACCCACUGCACCAGAAAAGCAGUCUCAACAUUCUAAUGGUGUAUCAUCACAGCAGCAUUCUAAAGUUAAGGGGAAGAAAAAAAGCAAGUCUAAAGUUCGUGAGAAUGGAAGCAUCUGCCUGUCUGGUGAUCACAUAACCAAUGGUUGUGGAAAAGAUAUUUCAUCUCUCACAGCUGAAGAUAGCAGCUUAAAAUUAACCAAUGGAAUACAAGCUCUCAGCCUCAAUGAAGGAGUUUCAGACAAGGAUGAAGUUGUUGCCCAUGUCACCGACAAAGCUUCCUCCAAGAUGGAGAACAGUAAUGGAUUAUCAGUCUUGCCAAAUGGUGCAGAAAAGGACUCAGAUUCUUGUUUUAAAUCAAGUACUCUUAUGACGUCUUCAAAUGGUGAAACAGAAAAGGACUGUCAGACUAAUGAUGAUAAAUCUUCCUGUCAGGAAAAUUGUAUUCAGUCUGUCAAAGAGCAAAAUGAUAAAGAUGCUAUGCAAAAUUCUGUUGAUACAAACUCUUUAACUAUUGAGCAGCAAGUUGUGCAAAAUGAUUUGGGAAAUGAUACAUCACUUGCUGAAAAUAUGUCCACGGACACUAGUGAACCUUUGAUAUUGCCUGUUGAUUGUCCUGCUGCAGAAAUACAAGGAGACAUGCUUGAAAGUCCAGGAGCAAAAUAUUGCGACAGUGUGGGUUCAAAUGACAGUGGCAAAGGUGGGAGUGAGUUCCAAUUUGUUCUUGAGCCUCAGCAAAUUUAUGUGGUAUAUGAAUUUGAAAUAUUGCAAGAGUUAUGUGGGCUGCUAAUAGGAAGAAAUGGAAGACAUGUUAAUUAUAUAAAGGAAGAGACUAAUGCAAAUAUUUUGAUUAAACGCCAUCCAUACUUUUCUGAAAAGAAAGUAUGUUCUGUUACAGGUACCCAAGAUGAAAUCGAUGCUGCAUUAAAACUUAUUCGUAAACGCUUUCCUGUUGAGCUGUAUCCCUCUGUUACUUUAGCUCAAAUAAAUGUUAUGCCAUUUGAAUUUCAGUUACCUCAAGGUUGGAAGCUUAGUCUUCCUGAAGGUGGUUCAUUUGAAGCAAUGCUUUGUGCAACUGUAAAUGCUGGGCACUUCUUCCUUCAGCAACCUACUCAUCCUACUUUCCAUUCUCUACUAGCUAUGACACAACAGAUGACUGCUUUUUAUUCAGAGACAAAUACGCCAACCCUUAGUUACCUUGCAAAAGGUUAUGUAUGUGUAGCUAGACUUAGUGACUGCUCUGUACCAGGUCUAGAUGGUUGGUACAGAGCAGAAAUUGAUGAGGUUUUCGAAGAUACGGGUGAAUGCAGACUGAAGUUUUUAGACUAUGGAGGAUAUGCAAUCGUUCCUCGUACUGUCUUACGACAGAUCAGAAUUGAUUUCAUGCAGGUGCCAUUUCAAGCUACAGAGUGUUAUUUAGGAAGUGUAACUUUCCUUGAUGGUGAAAAUGGUUGGUCUCCAGAGGUAACAGCUGCAUUUGAGGAACUGGCGCAAGGACAGAUUGUUCAAGGUUACAUUGUUGGCUAUGCAGAGAAUAGAGUCCCAUAUGUGCAUUUAUACAAAAUCACAGGAGCUACUAGUAUAUUCAUCAAUCGGGAAUUGGUGAUGAGAGGUCUAGCAAGAUGGAUAGCUUAUUCUCCUCAUUAAAGUCGUCUAUCUGCAGAAGAAACUCAUUAAGUUAAAUAAAAUUUGCUUUGCAAUGAAAUUCUUAUAUAUCUUGCUUUAUCAGUGUUAAGUAUGUAUUUGUAUUCAAACGUAAGAAUCGUUUGCUUGGGAUUGGUGAGUUGUCCUUUUUUUUAGCAAUUUGAAAAUUUGGACUAUUUAAUCAUAUUAAAGUAUGUGUAUUUAAUUUGUUUAUUUGGUACACAUAAUGGGUUUCUUCUGUACUUUGAAGAGUAGUUUUAUAUCAAAAAGACAUUACCAUUUGACUGCAUUUAUUGCAUUUUUGUUGAGUUUUUAUAUCAGUAGUUCUUGAUAAUUUUAAGCAAUGUAAUCAAAAUUUUGAACUGUAUUUAAAUUUCAGCAUGAGCAUUUUUUUGCUUUUGAGAAUUUUUUUUUAAUAAAAAAUUUUAAUCUUCAGUUUUCUUUGUUUAUUAAGAAUUGGCUUUUCAAAUUUUGAAAAGAAACUCCAGUUUGAGAUUAAAUCUAAAUUGAUUACUAAUUAUUUGUGUAAAAGUUUGAUUUGAAAAAAAUUUGAGUGCAUAUUGAGCAGAUUCCUUUUUGUGACUUUAGCUGUGUAGUAAAGUGAUUUGAUAUUUUCAUGAGACAGAUUAUAUUGUACAUUAAGCUGUGAAAAGUGUGGUGAUAUUUCAUGACUGCAUAAUAAAAUCAAAUAUAUUGAUUUGUAUAUAUUGUUUCUGUAUAAAUAUUCAAUUUCAUAUUUUUUUGACAUUUAUGUUUGGGUAUGCUGCUCAACUUUUUUUUCUUUUGUGUUUUCACUGUGCGUACAAAUUCAUGUGAAUGACUCGUUGAUUUUUAACAGAAGAUAAAUUAAUCUUUGUUAAGUUAAUCAUGCAAUCAGUUUGGUAAUUUUUCCAAAACUGAGCUUUAUUUAUAUUCAAUGCUUUGAUAUUUUAGGAAUAAUCUUGCAGUCUGUAGUACUUUGUUUUUAAACUGAAUGAACACAAACAUACCUCUCACUUAAGAUAGAUUUUAUGGAAAACAUAUUAACUUUCAGACAAUACUGAUUUGAAAUGAGAAAUUGGUUGUAAAAUUCUCUUGUUCUAAUAUUAAUUAAAAAUAAUUUAUGGACUGUUUCUUCAUCAUGGAUUUCAUACAUUUGUUGCUCGAUAGUGUUGAGAUGUACACGUUAUAACUCUGUAUUAAAGUUCCUAGUAAAUUUAUCACACCAAAAGAAAUAUUUAAAUUUCAACAUAUAUGCAGAAGAAAAAAUACACUUCUGUAUUAUUUAAUUUUGUGUACCCAAAAAUUUGAAAUUUUCAUUAUUUUAAUUUCACAUAUGUUAAAACACUUGAAAAAUUUUGAUAAGAUUAUGUUUAAAAGUGCGCAAGCUGUUAUACAUAUAUAAUAUAUAUGGUAUCAAAUCAGCUGUUUAAAAGCAAUUUAUAUACUGCAUGCUCUAUUUUUAGUGCUAGAUUUGAGAAUUUGAGUGUUUUGUGAAAAUGUGAAUUGUAUUUUUCCUUCUGUAAACUGAAUGAUUGCUAUGUUACAUAAUUUUUAAACUCAUUUGUUAAUGGAUUUUUCUAUUUUGAGAUGUAGAUGCAUUACAUGUUUGAAUAACUCUCAGUAAUUGCAUUGUAAAUAAGAAAUUGACCAUGUAAUAUGUUUGGGAGGUUUGCUUAUGGUUACUGAAGUAAUACAUUUUGGUUGCAUUUUAAUUUGUAUUUUGACAUUUUCGAAAUUAAUAAAAUUUGUUUCAUUUUUGCCAUUUA